UUACAUUCUUUUCGCUGACUGAAUGAUCUGCUGAAUUGACCUUUGGUUUUGGUCAUGGUCUUGACCUUUUAUUCAUUUUAAAAUCAUGGCUGCUAGUGAUAAAGUUGAAAGUUUGGAAUCUAUACUUGAGAAAUAUAUACCCGAAGAUGAAUUACAAUUUGUUAAAACAUCUCUGUAUGGUAAAGCAUUAAGAUCCUUAGAUUUUCCUGAAGAAGCUAUUAGUACUGCAAAUGAAAAGAAUUUUGAACUGAAAGGAUAUGCUUUUGAUGCAGAAAAGGAAGAGCUAAGGCCUCCUCGAACUGUACGGGUUGGCAUAAUUCAAAAUGCUAUUGUUGAACCUACUGAUGCACCUGUAUCCGUGCAGAGAGAAGCAAUUCACAAACGAAUAGAAGAAAUCAUAGAAGUUGCUGCUCAGUGUGGUGUCAACAUAAUAUGCUUUCAAGAAGCAUGGACAAUGCCAUUUGCCUUUUGUACAAGGGAAAAACAGCCUUGGUGUGAAUUUGCUGAAAGUGCCGAAAAUGGUCCAACUACAGUUUUCUUAUCAGAGUUGGCUUUUAAGCAUAAAAUGGUUAUAGUGUCACCUAUUCUUGAGAGAGAUGAAACUUACGGAGAUGUGCUUUGGAAUACUGCAGUAAUAAUAUCAGAUUCUGGGGCUGUGUUAGGCAAAACUAGAAAAAAUCAUAUUCCUCGAGUUGGAGAUUUUAAUGAGUCAACUUAUUAUAUGGAAAGCGAGCUUGGACAUCCUGUAUUUCAGACUCGUUGGGGCAAAAUAGCCGUAAACAUUUGUUAUGGCAGACAUCAUCCACAAAAUUGGAUGGUUUAUGGCAUAAAUGGUGCUGAAAUUGUUUUUAACCCUUCAGCUACUGUGGGGGAUUUAAGCGAACCUUUGUGGCCUAUUGAAGCUAGAUGUGCUGCCAUUGCUAAUAACUACUUCACCUGUGCAAUCAAUCGAGUUGGAAUAGAAACAUAUGCUCAUGAAUUUACUUCUGGAGAUGGAAAACCAGCUCAUAAAGACUUGGGACGAUUUUAUGGGUCUAGUUACAUAGCAGGGCCAGAUGGAAGCAGAACUCUAGGCCUGUCUCGUCUAAAGGAUGGUUUGUUGAUUGCUGAAAUGGAUUUAAAUUUAUGUCGACAAGCAAAAGAUAAAUGGGGAUUCAGGAUGACCCAGCGGCUGAAUAUAUAUGCUGAUGCCUUUUAUUGGGCAAGUCAACCUGGAUUUUAUCCUCAAGUGCAUCAUGAAUGAAAAAUCUCAAAAUAAAAAAAAAAUGGGUACUAUAUCAUAUUUCAAAAAAAUGAGCUGUGCUUUCAUUGGUGUUAAAAGCAUAUUGCCAUGUUCAUUAAUUGUUCAAGAUUAAAAAUUUUAAUUAUAAAUUCAAAUUGCUUCUUUCAAACAUAUUUUAAUAAAAUUUUGUUA